AUGGUGAUCUCGAGGUUCCGCCCGCCAGAGGAGGGCCUGCCCGACUACUCCGGGCUGCUGGCGAGCGUCGUCCAGACCAUCACGGAUGCCGCACGGCGGCCGCGCCAGGUCGCGACGUUCUCGACGGGCUGUUUCUGGGAGUCGCAGAAGCUGUUCGACAGGGUGAGCGGGGUCCUCAGCACCACGGUCGGCUACGCUGGCGGUAACACGCUGAGCAAGCCGACGCACGAGAGCGUGCAACUUGGGGACGGGCACUCCGAAGCAAUCCGCGUAGAAUUCGACCCUGAGCUGAUCACCUACGACGAGCUCCUCACUCACUUUGACCGCAUUCGCGAGCGCACGCCAGCGCCAGUGGGCUUGGCGUUUGCUGGGGGGGAAGCUGUGCAGGCUGGGACCAAGACGCAGCACCACUCGGCAGUCUGGUACCACGACGAGGAGCAGAAGAAGGCCCUGCAGGCACGCGCCAGACGAGGCGCCCCGGAGGUCCACGCCGCGCGCAUGGAGACCUGGCACGACGCGGAGAGACACCACCAGAAGUUCCACCAGAAGGGCUGCAGCGUGCAGUGA